AUGGUUGCACCUACCACUCCUGCCGCCAACGGGCACCUCCUCUGCGACCGUUCGACCAUUAAGGCGCCGGUCAAGCUUUCGCCAAGCUUCGUCCAGCGGAGGAGGGCCCGUCGCCCCAAGAAGGCCAGCCCUCGGCCAAUGGGGGCGAAGGUGGGCAAGACCCGAGCCGCCGCUGCCACCACCACCACAAUCACCACAACCACUACUACCGCCACAAAGGGCCGCUCCAAGAACCCGCCCAAGGCCACCAAGUACUGGAUGGUCCUCUGUCCCGCCAGCGGGAGGAGAAUCAUCUAG